AUGAAUGUUGUUAGUGAAAGCUCUUUUGAAGCUAACAACAGGAUGAACAGCCUUCUGGGACCGAAAGAACAUCUAAAGAUAGGAACGUGGAAUGUACGCACAAUGUAUGAAUGUGGAAAAACAGCUCAGGUAGUAAAAGAGAUGCAAUCUUAUAAUGUUGAUAUCCUUGGAGUAAGUAAAUGUAGGUGGACUGACUGUGGAUCUGUUACCACAACCACAGGAGAGACGAUCCUAUACUCCGGUAGGAAAGAUAACAAACAUCAACAAGGUGUUGCUAUAAUCAUGAACAAAAAAGCCAAGCAAGCACUCAUCGCAUGGUCACCAGUAGAUGAAAGAUUGAUUGUGGCAAGAUUCCAUUCUAAAUAUGCAAAAAUGACUUUGAUACAGUGCUAUGCACCCACUAAUGAUGCCGAAGAUGACUCAAAAACAACAUUCUAUGAGAAAUUACAAAGCACUGUGAGGAAAACACCACGGCAUGACAUACUUAUUGUCCUUGGAGAUUUGAAUGCUAAAGUUGGUAAUGACAACGAGGGAAAAGAAAGAAUUAUGGGCAAACAUGGAGUUGGUACUAUCAAUGAAAAUGGAGAAUUGCUAACAGAAUUUUGUGGUGUCAAUUACCUUAUCAUAGGAGGUACACUGUUCCAGCACAAAGAUAUACACAAAAUCACAUGGAACUCCCCAAACGGUCGAGACAAAAAUCAAAUAGACCACUUGAUGAUAAAUGGGCGUUGGAAAAACUCACUGUCCGAUGUAAGAGUAAUGAGGGGAGCAGACUGUGCUAGUGACCACCAUCUAGUUAUUGGAAAAAUCAACCUUAAAUUAAGAAAGGCUAUGAAGAAAGUAACAAGUAAGAGAGAAAUGUUUGAUAUAGACAAGUUAAAACAAUCUGAGGUACAAAAGAAAUUUAAAAUAGAGCUAAGGAACAGACAUAGAGCGUUAGAGAACUUGCAGGAGUCAGAGAAUGAGACAGUGGAAAGCUUAGAACAGGAAUGGAAUGAGAUUAAAACUAUCUUUAAAGACACCUCUAAUACCACACUUGGUUACAGGAAACGUGGGAGAAAGCAAUGGAUAAGCGACAACACCUGGAAUAGCAUUCAAGAAAGAAAGGACAUUAAGAAAAAACUAUACAGUACAAAAUCAGAGAGAAUUAAAACUGCCUUACAGAAAGAAUAUUCCAACAAAGAUAAAGAAGUUAAACGAAAUGCUAAGGCAGAUAGGAAAGAGCAUCUCGAAACACUAGCCAGGGAGGCAGAAACAGCAGCUUCCAGGGGACAACUUAGUACGGUAUAUAAGAUCACAAAACAACUAAGCGGCAAACAAACACACUCCAAUAAACCAUGCAAGGCUAAGGAUGGUAGGGUUUUAACAUCGGAGAAACAGCAGCUUGAAAGAUGGACGGAGCACUUGAAGGAAGUUCUUAACAUUGAUCAUCAGGGUGACAUUCCGAAUAUUGAACAGUUUGGUGAAGAAUUAGACAUAAACAUUGAAGAAGUAUCGAGGGAAGAGAUCAGGAAGGCAAUACUGAAGUUAAACAAGAUGUGUUUGUGA